UCGAUCUGAUAUGGCAAUGGCGAUCGACUGAUGCCGAUUGAUGCUCUUCGAUUUAGCUCCUGCCCUGCCCAGCGCAAAGCCGCUCACCAAACUCGCAGCCUAAACGAACCACGCAUCUAUCUACUUACUACCUUGCAAUUCCGAGAAUAGUCUGUCUAGGGUCGAGACAGCUGGGCAUCAUGAAGAUCAAAGCGCUCAGUCGGAGCAUUACCGCUCAGCAGGCGCCGGGAUCCGAUGUCCAGCGUGCGCCCCGAAACCUUGCCCCCGAAAUCCACCCCUUCGAGAGAGCCCGUGAAUACCAAAGAGCGUUGAACUCGGUCAAGCUAGAGCGCAUGUUUGCGAAGCCUUUCCUCACACAGCUGGGAAAUGGCCACGUCCAGGGCGUGUUCAGCAUGUGCAAGAAUAGCAGUUCUUUGAGCUCUAUGGCGUCGGGCGCUGCCGACGGUAUUGUCAAGGUCUGGAGCCUCACCUCACGAGAGGAGUCCUGGCACACCUCUGCACACGAAAACAUUGUCAAGGGGUUAACUUUCACCAAUGACAAUAAACUCCUGUCUUGCGGUACCGACGGCAUCAAGUUGUGGGAUCCGUACAACUCACCCAGCAGCUCCGCUCCGCUUGCUUCGUGGCAAGAAGGCGGCCCGUAUACGUCUCUCUCCUUCCACCGGUCUGCCAAUGUUUUUGCUGCUUCCUCAGGCGCCGGGUGCAUCAGCGUGUGGGACCUAGAGCACAGCACCGCCCCUCAGAAGAUACAGUGGCCAAACCACACCGAUACGAUUACCGAUGUCUGUUUCAACAAGGUCGAGACCUCGAUUAUCGGGUCUGUCGCCAGCGACCGCUCCAUAAUUCUCUUCGAUCUGCGGACAAACAUGCCCGUCUUGAAAACCGUGCUCAAGUUCGCGUCCAACCGCAUCGUCUUCAACCCCAUGGAAGCGAUGAACAUGGCUGUGGCCUCAGAAGAUCAUAACAUCUAUCUAUUCGACGCAAGGAAUUUCAGCAAAGCCCAGAACAUCCAAAAAGGUCACGUUGCUGCCGUAAUGGACGUUGAGUUCUCUCCCACUGGCGAGGAGCUUGUUAGCGGCUCUUACGACCGCACCAUCCGGAUAUGGCGCCGUGACCAGGGUCAAUCUCGUGAUAUCUACCACACAAAGAGAAUGCAGAGGGUCUUCCGAACCAUGUGGACUAUGGACUCCAAAUACCUCCUUAGCGGGAGCGACGACGGCAACAUCCGCUUAUGGCGUGCCAAUGCCUCGGAGAGGAGUGGGGUCAAGUCGACAAGGCAGCGAGAAGCCCUCGAGUACAACGAGGCCCUGACCGAGAGAUACGGCCACAUGCCCGAGAUCCGCCGCAUCCGCCGCCACAGGCACGUCCCCAAGGUGAUCAAGAAGGCCGGCGAGAUCAAGCGCGAGGAGCUAGGCGCCAUCAAGCGGAGAGACGAGAACGAGAGGAAGCACUCGGCCAAGAAGUUCGAGAAGCGCAAGGGCGAGAGAGAAAAGGUCAUCCUCGCCAAGGAGCAGUAGGCGGCAGCCUGCGGGCCGUAGACUGCGGCGCUUGGUCCUGGUCUAUAGAUGUUUUGCAUUGGGCGGCGUUUGGGGUGAAUAAGACAAAAGAGCUGGCCGUCGUGUCUGGAUGCUUAACCGUUUGGUCUGGCAUGUGGAAUUUGAUACCAUCAUUGACGGGCGUUACCAGUGCGCAAAUCUCAAAAGGGGCUACUGUGAUUUCUAGGCAGCGAUCUAGCCAUACAAGAGAAAAUGAUAUACUAUUUGCACAAAUCAG